UUUUUACCCAUGAUGCUCAUUCGAAAAAAAGGAAAAACACCACAAUGUACAUAAUAAUUAGUUUUAAUCACAUUACCUGGCUACUUUUUGCAUAUCGGCCAACCCGCCAUAUCGUUACAUUUAAUUUUAUCUGGGUGUUUUUACCAAUAAUUACACAGUAAUACAUCAUUGGGGAAAAAAAGUUGAAUGGAACAACUGACCAAUAUGCCUGUUGAUAACUACACAAUUUUCAUUUAAUUUAUGAAACUUUUAAUAUUACAAUAGUAUAACUUUAUAUAACUGUAUGCAGCAAUACAUAACAUAGGCUAUGUGAUACACAAAUAUAAAUAAUUUUAUGUUGCACUAUCAUAUUUUUAUACAUAAUCCAUACUUUCUAAACAUGCAAUUAUAAAGAUAAGUAGCUAUUGCAAAUAACCUACAAUUUUUCAUUGCACAGGUAGGCUAAAGUCAGUGUGCGGUGCUCAUACAAAUCAGCCUGAUCUCGCGAGUUUACUUUCGGCUUCGCUAAACGCAACGAGGGCGCAGCGGUCAGGAUGGUCUUGGAUCAGGCUAUCAAACAAUGCCCCCCUCCUUCAAACACAAGAAUAACCUCUCCCCAGUUUUCACCCCCUCGCUUUGGUUCAAUCUGGAACAGAACAUAAUGGCGGUUGAUGGUGGUGGAGGGAGGAGCUGUGGCGUGCAUGAGCUCAUCUGUGCCAGAAGAGUGUCUCCAGAGCUGCUAGGAGUCCUAUCCUCCAUUGCGGCCUUCGUGGCCGUGAUGGCUCUAUUUUUUCUUUACGUCAGCAACAAGCUGUCAGUGGAGAGUGCCAGCGAGCUGCCAUGCCUCGAUGACUAUAGGCCCAACCAGCAAGCCAGAGCCUGUGAUGAGAUGAUAAGAUAAUCUAGAACCCACCAGACAGUGUGGAGAAGGACAGCCACCACAGCCAUCAGCAAGUCCACCCAACAUGGCGUUCUUCAAGAGCUUUGGGCAGAACCUACCAUCUGUAAACAUCUCCUCCAUCUUGGAUUCAGUCAGCAGCAGAGUGGACGACCUAGCCAGUGCUGUCAGUGAUGCCACCUACAGCGUCAGUGACCAGCUGACCGAGCUCAGCGACCAGGUCAUCAAGAAGGUGCAGACGGAGGAGGAGGAGGCUGCAGAAGUGACAGAGGGGGCCCAGGACAGCAAGGAAGGAAAGGCCCAGGAAGGGAUAGCAGACUCAUUCAGGAACAAAAUCAAGAGGCAGGCUUCUGAGGCCUGCUCAAGCUUGGCAGACUACAGCUCCAAUCUCAGCCAAUCCAAUGACUCGAAGAAUAACCAAUCGAGUGACGUGACAGCAGAGGACUAUGUUCCAGCCCAAUUGGAAUGGGUGUGGAAAGAUGGAGGCUGGCGAGUGGUAAAACCAGGGGAGAGUUCUGCAGAGGACAAGGAAAAGGAGGAGAAAAGGAAGGAGGAGGAAAAGACGAAGAAAGAGGAGAAGGAGAAGAGAAAGGCAGAGAAAGACAAGAAGAAGGAGGAGAGGCUGAAACAGGAGGAAGAGAAGAAAAAUAGCCAUCAAGAGACCAUUGAGGAAGAGCCUGAAGAUAAAGAAACCAGCUCAUUGCCAAAAGAGUCCCACACUGCUAGUCAGAACAAAGAGGGCCAGAAAGAGGACAAACCCAAUGGGGUCCACCAGAGUGACGACCAUAGUGAUCCACCACAAUCUCUUUGCCCUGAGGAAGAGUCGAGAGCAUCCCGAAAGAAAAACAAAGGGAAAGCUGAAGAGGAGGAAGGGAAUGAGAUGAGUCCCGAGGGAGAUGGAGAGACUGAACCUGCUAUGUCUCCCGCUUCUGAGAAAAAUAAGAAAAAGAGUGACAAGAAGAAAGAGAAAGUGAAAGGGAAGAAAGAGAGCAAGAAGACGAAUAAAGAGGAUAAAGAGCAGAGCUGCCCAGAGCGUGGCUCUGAGGAGGACAGUGAAGAGGACAGACCAGGAGGACACUCUGAACCCUCAGCCCAGCACAGAGCCUCAGUCUGGGACAACCGACACAAACACACCAGCGACCACAGCAAUGAGGCCUCCGCCGGACAAGCCAACAGCAUCCAGCGGAUGAGACGAGGCUCUCCCCUCAACGAGCUCCAGCCACCCCCGUAUCAGGACGAGAAUAGUCCGGUCCGGGUGUCUCGCUCGCGUUCUGGGGCGGGGGGUCUGGGGGAGUCGUCCCCAGACGUUAAUGGUACACAGCGCUCCAGUGAGGCCAGCGUUGACCCGGACACUGAGAGUUACCUCAACAAGGGCUAUGAUGAGGAUGUACCUAGUGACAGCACUGCCGUCCUGGGACCAGAGGAUGGUUCAACCUCCCAUCUUCACGUAGGCUAUGAGCCCGAGCCGCUGGCCAAGUAUGGCACGCUGGACGUGGCCUUCGAGUACGACUCGGGCGAGCAACGCCUUGCCGUCACUGUCACCGCAGCAACCGACAUCCCCGCACUCAAACAGACAGGGAACAUUGCGUGGCAGGUGCACCUGGUGCUGCUGCCAACUAAGAAGCAACGGGCCAAGACGGGGGUGCAGAGGGGGCCGUGUCCCAUGUUCACAGAGACCUUCCGCUUCACCCGGGUGGAGCAGGGGGCGCUGGCGGACCACGCCGUCAGGUUCCGUCUCUACAGCGUUAGGAGGAUGAAGAAGGAGAAGGUGCUGGGAGAGAAGGUGUUCUACUUGACCAAACUCAACCUGCAGGGCAAGAUGGCGCUGCCCGUUACACUGGAGCCUGGCACAGCACUAACGGGCUGUGGAUCGUUGGUGAGUGUGUCUCGCAGCGUGGCAGCUUUGUCCUACCGCUCUACAUGGGACUCCACACCAGAGAUCCUGCUGGGCCUAAUCUAUAACUCCACCACUGGCAGGCUCUCUGCAGAGGUCAUCCAGGGCAGACAGUUCAACAACACAGCCUCAGACAAACCUCCCAACGGUCUGUUUUGUUGUAUAAAACAGCUAAUAGGGGGACAACUUUAUAUCAUGAGAGACACCUAUGUGAAGCUGACUAUGCUGGACUCCAAGGGCAAGGAGAUGUCCAAGUGCAAGACGUCGGUGUGCCGCGGUCAGCCCAACCCCACCUACAAGGAGACCUUUGUCUUUCAGGUGGCCCUCUUCCAGCUCUCCGAGGUUUCCCUGGUGGUGUCGGUGUACAGCCGAAGGAGCAGCAUGAAGGCCAGGGAGAAGGUGGGCUGGCUGUCCCUGGGGCUCAACAGCACUGGAGAGGAGCAGCAGUCACACUGGAGCCAGAUGAAGGAGGCUGAGGGACAGCAGGUGUGCCAUUGGCACACACUCUUGGAAUCUUGAACAAGUCUUGAUGAGAAUCACCAGAUUUGAUCUUGUUAACAAAGAAUAAUCUGUAUAAAUAUAUGUGAAAUUAAAUGGUUAAAUAGGAGGAGGAAUACAUUGGAGGAAGAGGAAGAUUGCGGGGUAUGUUGACCUCAGUGUCGAGAGAGAGAAUGGGUUCCAUGACCUUCAUUCAGAGAAGCAGACGAGGAGCUGUGAGGAACCAUCCACCUAUACUAUGCACCUGGUGUGGGAUGUGUGUGAGGGUGCAGCACUUCGAGGAGCAUGUGGAUUCCACUUGGAGUCUCCCGUUCACUGACAGCUGCUUUACGUGGAUUCCACUUGGAGUCUCCCGUUCACUGACAGCUGCUUUACGUGGAUUCCACUUGGAGUCUCCCGUUCACUGACAGCUGCUUUACGUGGAUUCCACUUGGAGUCUCCCGUUCACUGACAGCUGCUUUACGUGGAUUCCACUUGGAGUCUUCCGUUCACUGACAGCUGCUUUACGUGGAUUCCACUUGGAGUCUCCCGUUCACUGACAGCUGCUUUACGUGGAUUCCACUUGGAGUCUCCCGUUCACUGACAGCUGCUUUACGUGGAUUCCACUUGGAGUCUCCCGUUCACUGACAGCUGCUUUACGUGGAUUCCACUUGGAGUCUCCCGUUCACUGACAGCUGCUUUACUACUCUUUAAUCUAUAAACCAGCCACUUAAUCUGAGACAGACGGGUCUGGUUGACAGACUGGUCUGGUUGACAGACUGGUCUGGUUGACAGACGGGUCUGGUUGACAGACUGGUCUGGUUGACAGACGGGUCUGGUUGACAGACGGGUCUGGUUGACAGACUGGUCUGGUUGACAGACUGGUCUGGUUGACAGACUGACUGGUUGACAGACUGGUCUGGUUGACAGACUGACUGGUUGACAGACUGAUUGGUUGACAGAAUGGUCUGGUUGACAGACUGACUGGUUGACAGACUGGUCUGGUUGACAGACGGGUCUGGUUGACAGACUGACUGGUUGACAGACUGGUCUGGUUGACAGACUGGUCUGGUUGACAGACGGGUCUGGUUGACAGACUGGUCUGGUUGACAGACUGACUGGUUGACAGACUGGUCUGGUUGACAGACUGGUCUGGUGCUAAACUCCCAGCUCCAGUCAUGGUCGAUGGGGUCAUCAAAUUAGACUCAUCUUUUUAAUAACCUCAAAGGUGAAAUGGACACCUCUGGUCAUGAAAUGGACACCUCUGGUCAUGAAAUAGACACCUCUGGCCAUGAAAUAGACACCUCUGGCCAUGAAAUAGACACCUCUGGCCAUGAAAUAGACACCUCUGGUCAUGAAAUGGACACCUCUGGUCAUGAAAUAGACACCUCUGGCCAUGAAAUGGACACCUCUGGUCAUGAAAUGGACACCUCUGGCCAUGAAAUGGACACCUCUGGUCAUGAAAUAGACACCUCUGGUCAUGAAAUGGACACCUCUGGUCAUGAAAUGGACACCUCUGGUCAUGAAAUGGACACCUCUGGUCAUGAAAUGGACACCUCUGGCCAUGAAAUAGACACCUCUGGGCAUGAAAUGGACACCUCUGGCCAUGAAAUGGACACCUCUGGCCAUGAAAUGGACACCUCUGGUCAUGAAAUGGACACCUCUGGCCAUGAAAUGGACACCUCUGGUCAUGAAAUGGACCAUUCAGUCUCAGAUUGAGAACAAUUUUGUCAUUAAUUUCCCAGAUUCUGGUCCACAAUAGUAUAUCUUCAUGUAAUUGUUUACAGAAAAUGAUCUAAAUACGACCAUACAUACAGUAUCUCCUACAAUGGACUAUUUUAAUCCUGAACCGAAGACCAAACGGUGUGGAGAAGAACAACGACUUCAACAACCGUUCUUCCGGGGUUGUACUGACCAUAUAAAUAGAAUGACUAAAAGGGACAAACCCCUCAGACAUGGCAAUUUGACUGGAACAACUCACGGGUUCACUCAAUAUGGCUGACAAUUCUACGGUACUGUCCUCAAAUGACACCAGCAUAUCAGACAUUUCUCAUCUGAAGCUCGCAGCCAUCGACAACGAGGAUGUUGCAAUGGAAUAGUGUUACCAUGACUGUUAGAGCCAGCUGGGCCUGUCACAGUCUGCUACAACUACAGCGCCUAGAUAAAGUCAACAAACCCUUUGGAUUUCUUAAACUGUUAUUGUGUCACAAAGUGAUAUUAAAAUGGAUUUUAUUCCAUUUCUUUGGUCAACGAUCUACACAAAAUACGAUGAAAUGUCAAAAUGUAUUUUUAUUUUUUAGGAUUAAUGGGGGAAAAAAAGUGCAAUACUUGACUAUUGACUUCUAUAUAUUGUGCUGUAUGUAUGGGGGACAGAGGAAGGGGUAGUCAUUAACAAAUUAUGUCACACAGUGAGUCCAUGUAACUUCUGUGAUUUGUUAAGCCACAGUUUCCUUCUGAACUCAUUUAAGCUUGCUUAAACAAAGUGGGUGAAUACCUAUGCAACAACUGUAUUUUUGUUAUUUCAUUUCUAUUCAUUUGUCAAAAUGUGUAGAAUCUUCUUUUAAUUUUGACAUUAUGGAGUAUUUUGCAAUUAAGUCUUUUUCAAUCCCACUUUGUAAUGCAACAAAAUGUGGAAAAAAGUUCAAGGGGGUUUAGACUUUCUAUAGGCACUGUAUGCUAAUGAGCAAUGCUUAUUUAUUCACUGUUUACAUUCUCGUUACAUUAUGCAAUAUCCAUUUGACAGACUCAUUUUGGGUGUUAUUUUAGGGGUUUCUUUUUACGGCUGUUUCAUCUCCCCAUGCAUUGUUUGUUACACGUCUUUUUGUUGUGGUCAUCUGAAUCAUCAUCAUUUGAGAAUAGAAAAACAGUAUUAGUUUUGUUGUGGCUCACUGGGUUGUCUUUUAAACAUUGUUGCAGAAUCAAAACACAGCACUGUACCCCAGUGGUCAACAACCUUUUCUGAGUCAAGAUCACUUUCUGAGUCAAAAUGCAAGCUGAGAUCUACCGCUCAGAUUUUUUUUAUAAACAUGACUGAAAAAUCUUAAGCCUAUGCAACAUUAACCAAUUAAAAACAGUUCUGUAGCAAUGAGGCCCAAUACAUUAUCACUGCAUUGGCUAUGCUUGAAUUGCCCUGCCAAUGUUGUUUCUCAGGUCAUUUUGAAAUUAAAUUUAGAACAUUUAGGUAAAUGAUCACACUGGUAAUAGAUAAUUUGUUGUAUUACUUGUGAGGCACAAAUUAGUGAGCAUAAUAAUUAGCUUGCAUCUGAUGGUCAAUCUGAGGGGAGGGAGGGAGGAGAGGGGAGGCUGCCUCUCACUCACGGUCCCUCUGCCCUCCUUCCCUCUGUGGAGAAAAGGGGACAGUCUUCCAGCUGAUGGUGAAACUCAAAUUACACUGUAUUACUUCUGCCUCAUGCACAAAUGAAUGUUGUUACUCCUAUGACCAGAGAAAGUGAAAUAUUCCUCGAUUUAAAAAAAGACAAGCUGCUAAUAAUAAUAAGGCAAGCUUAUCGAAACGCUUUGCUAAACUCAUUCAUUGCAGCUGCAGUGCUGGUGGCUUGUAAAGGUGUUGAAGUGUUGAAUAAGAACUAGAACAUAAACCUACAUGUAAAAACAG